UCUGACCGUGAUAUAGUGCUGUGGUCAGCGUCUGACCGUGAUAUAGUGCUGUGGUUAGCAUCUGACCGUGAUAUAGUGCUGUGGUCAGCAUCUGACCGUGAUAUAGUGCUGUGGUCAGCAUCUGACCGUGAUAUAGUGCUGCUGCAAUUCAAAUUCCGUCCAAAUGCUUUACAAUGCAAUAUCGUACGUGUUAUUUUGUUUUAUUUCAUAGCAAUCUCGAUUACAGCACCCGCUAACGCCAUCGCCAUGCCUGCGACGAAUCCGAUCGAGCCGCCAACUGCAGCCCCUACUGGACCUGCCACUACCCCCAUUGGGACACCCAAAGCAGUUCCAACGACAAUGCCCUUAUAUCGGACGACAUUGGACGUAAAACACGUACAUUUUCUUCAGUGUAUCCUUCGGCACCGUGUCAAUUCGCUAGUCAACACCUGA